UUACCCAUCUCUUCCUUUCCUGACCCUGCCUUUGACACCCCUUCCAUCUACAUCAUCUUCAUGACCUCAGUUGAUUUCUACACCCCUACCUCCAUCACCUCAAUAUCAUCCAUCCCCAUUAACUACCUCUGAGCCCCAUACCACUAUCCUAAGUCCUGAAGCACCUGCUACAAUGCUUUCAUCUGAUGGAGAUUCUGGCCAUGAAUCCCUUAAUGAGUCAGUUCUUCAGCACAACAUGUUGCUCUUUAUCUAGAUAGUAUCCCUGUUCCUCAGUCUCAUGUGGAGGCUUUAGAGUCUCCUGCUUGGAAGUCUGCUAUGCAGGAAGAGAUGUCUGCUAAUUGAUGCUCCUCCGGCUGCAGAGGUUGUUGGUUGCCACUGGGUAUUUACUAUUUACUAUUCACUAUCAAAUACUUAUCGGAUGAAUCUGUUGAGUGUUUUAAAGCGUUGAUUGUGGCUACUGGAGUUGAUUAUUUUGAAACUCUAAAUCCGGUUUCCAGUCUUAAUUCAGUACAGAUUUUGAUCUCUGUUGUUGUUAACUCUGGGUGGCUACUUCAUCAACUUGAUAUUAAAAAUGCCUUUCUUAUAUGGCAAUCUUACUGAGGAGGUAUACAUCCAACAACCUCUUGGAUUUGUCACUGAAGGGGAGAAUAGCCACAAAGUAUGCAGAUUGAGGAAAGCAAUUUAUGGUCUUAAGUCCUCGUGCAUGGUUUGAUAAGUUUAGUUUAGCUAUUUAAAGCUAUGUUUUUUGCAAAUCUUCUGUUGAUCACUUGGUAUUUGUUAUGCAUAGGAGCUCUGGAUCUGUGUCUCUUAUUGUAUAUGUAGAUGAUUUACUCUUAACUGGCAGUGACAAAUCAGGAAUAGCAUACACCAAGAAAUUUCUGGAGUCCUAGUUUGUGACAAAAGACUUAGGCGGGCUUAAUUAUUUUCUUGGCAUUGAGGUUACCCAUAUACUUGAUGGGGUUAUACUUCCUCAAAGAAGAUAUGUUAUGGAUCUGGAAUGUUUGGCUGUAAGCCUUCCUCUAUUCCCAUGAAUCCAAAGGCGUGCCUUGAUGAUCCAUACAGUGCACCCUUCCAAGAUACUCGACGAUAUAGAGCCUUGGGUGAAAAACUUCUUUACUUGACAAUAACCUGGCCAGAUAUUUCUUUUUUUGUCAUUGGGAAGCUCUGUGUCAUAUUUUGAGAUAUCUCAAGUCAUCUCCAAGAAAAAGGACUUGUUUUUCGAAAUAAUGGGCAUGCUCAAAUUCAUGGUUUCUGAUAUUCAGAUUAUAUCGGUUCUCCAGAAGAUAUGAGGUCUACUACUGAUUACUAUGUCUUUGUUGGUGGGAACCUAGUCACUUGGCAAAGUAAAAAGCAAAAUGUGGUUUCUUGCUCUAGUCCUGAAUUAGAAUACAGAGCUAUGGCUCAAACUGCUUGUGAAUUUUUAUGGGUGGAAUCUUUACUUAUGGACCUUGGAGUACAAGUUAAGAGGCCUAUUCCUAUGUAUUGUGAUAAGAAAGCAACUGCCUUUCUUGCAAAUAAUCCAGCCUUUUAUGAACGAACUAAGCAUACAGAAGUUGAUUUCUACUCCUCAUUUGACUACUGAAAAUCAAUUGGCAGACAUUAAGCAAGUGUUGGUAUUAUUGAAUUUUGACCUAUUGUAUAUCAAUGCUUCUUUUGUAAAAUUAUUUUAUACUUCAAUUGUUUUCCAAAAUUGUCUAAUGCAUUUUCUUCUUUCUUUGUUUCUUUGGCUCUUUGAGCUGAAUUAUAAUAUGUCUUUCAGACUAUUCCAAGUGAAAGCAUCGCGAAAGCAUCAAAAUAGAAUUCAGCAAUAUCGAUGGUUUGACUGAAGAGAAAUUGGAUGAAUUGUUGCAACAAUAUUUAAGUGAUUCCUAAGCAAAGAACUUGGAAGAAAAUGGCCUGCCAACAACAUUUUUCACGUAUCGAAUCUAAAAAUUAAGUAGCUCUUAUUGUGCAUAUGAGGAUUCUCACAAAUAAGUAUUUUGCCUUCUAUUUUAAUUGUGUUUAUCUUGUGUUUGCAAAAAAUCACUAUAAAUUGUAAUACUGGGAUUAGAUCUAUUGAAGAAGCAACAAAAUGGUCUGCUAAUGAUGGUUUUGCUUUCUGAUGGUGAACCUACAGUUCUUUACCAUGAUUUUACAUCAGUAUCAACUUACGAAUGAACUUGUUGUCGCUUAGAUUAUAUGUAUAUAGUGGCAAUUUGAUUUUGGUUUCCUAUGAAAUGUGGUGAUAUUUUUGUCAGACUUGUUAACUAGUUAGUGGUCAGCUUUAAAACUAGGAAAAGUUGAUGUAGUGGGGAAGAUAAUUUCCUAAUGUAGUUGUUGUCCUUAAGUGAAAUGUGGUGAUGUUUUUGUUGGACUCUUUAACUAGUUGCAGCUAUAGAGGAUUACGAGAGGGCAGACGAAUGUUUGAACAAUAACUAUUAUGGCACCAAGAACAUAAUAGAUGCUCUCUGCGACUUCUUCAAUUAUCACAUUCGCCAAGAAUUGUGAAUGUUUCAUCUGCUGGUGGAAAGCUUCAGUGUAUUCCUAGUGAGAACAUCAGAAAAGAAUUCGGCCAUGCAGAUGGCUUGAGUGAAGAUAAAUUGAAUGAACUGUUGCAAAAAAUUCUAAGUGAUUUCAAAGCCAAGAACUAGGAGGAAAAUGGCUGCCAACAAGAUCAUUAGCAUGCAUAAUCUCAAAAGUAGCUUUAAUUGCACUUAGGAGAAUUCUCACAAAGAAAUAUCCCAAAUUCUGCAUCAACUGUGUACAUCCUGGUUAUGUGAUAGCCGAAAUAAAUUUUAAUACCAGGACCGAAACUGUUGAGGAAGGUGCAAAAGGUCCGGUGAUGUUGGCUUUGUUGCCUGAUGGUGGUCCUUCAGGGAUUGCUGUAGUGACUGGUGCAAACAAAGGGAUUGGGUUGGAGAUUGUGAAGCAGCUUGCAAGCAAUGGAAUCAUAGUGUUGUUGACUGCUAGGGAUGAGACGAGAGGCAAUGAAGCUGUUGAGAAGCUCAAAGAUUCUGGCUUCUCUGAUGUGGUUUUUCAUCAGUUGGAUGUGUCUGACACUGCUAGCAUCACCUCUUUGGCUGACUUCAUCAAAACUGAAUUUGGGAAGCUUGAUAUCUUGGUUAACAAUGCUGCAGUUCUUGGAAUCCUUGUAGACCUUCAGUAUUUAGAUUCAUCAACAAAAGAAAGCAUCGAGCAAGGUGGGUUGCCGAUUUUCUUGAAGCUAUUAGAGGCAGCUGAACAGGAUUUCGAGAAGGCAGAGGAAUGUUUGAACAUUAACUAUUAUGGCACCAAGAAAGUAAUAGAUGCUUUCAUGCCACUUCUUCAAUUAUCAAAUUCACCUAGAAUUGUGAAUGUUACCUCUGCUGCUGGAGAGCUUCAGCAUAUUCCUGGUGAGAGCAUCAGAAGAGAAUUCAGUGAUGCAGAAGGCUUGAGUGAAGAGAAAUUAGAUGAACUGUUGCAACACUUUUUAAGUGAUUUCAAAGCAAAGAACUUGGAGGAACAUGGCUGGCCAACACUAGUAUCUGCAUACAGAAUUUCAAAAGUAGCUUUGAAUGCACUUACGAGAAUUCUCGCAAAGAAGUAUCCCAAAUUCUGUAUCAACUGUGUACAUCCUGGCUUUGUGAAAACUGAUAUAACUUAUAAUACCGGGACUGAAACUAUUGAGGAAGGUGCAAAAGGUCCGGUGACGUUGGCUUUGCUUCCUGAUGGCGGCCCUUCAGGGUUUUACUAUGAUCAUACAUCAGUAUCAACUUAUUGAAAAAAUUGUUACAUUAGUGUUGUUGAAAUAUGUUAUAUUAAGAAAGUAUAUGUUAGGAUCAAAAUAUAAUUUCUAUCCUAGUAUAUUGACAGACUUUAAAUUAUAUUUGGUGUUAUUAUUACUUGGAAAUGAUAUUUAUGUUUAACAGAUUA